AUGCCCGCUACGAUCAUCUGCAUAGGUAUGGCCGGUUCCGGUAAGACCACGUUCAUGCAAAGAUUGAACUCCCAUUUGCACACCAAAAAAACUCCACCUUAUGUCAUAAACUUGGACCCUGCUGUGUUGAAGGUACCAUUUGGAGCCAAUAUUGACAUCAGAGAUUCUGUUAAAUAUAAGAAGGUUAUGGAGGAAUAUAAUCUUGGACCCAAUGGUGCAAUUGUAACGUCUUUGAACUUAUUUCUGACUAAGAUUGAUCAAGUUAUCAAGUUAGUGGAGAAGAGAUCUGAAUCAUUUGAAAAUGUGAUUAUCGACACACCCGGUCAAAUUGAAUGUUUCAUUUGGUCAGCUAGUGGUGCUAUAAUAACAGAAGCGUUUGCUCUGACGUUUCCCACGGUUAUUGCUUACAUUGUGGACACCCCAAGAAACUCGUCUCCAACGACAUUUAUCUCCAACAUGUUGUAUGCCUGCUCUAUUUUAUACAAGACCAAGUUGCCUAUGAUCAUUGUCUUCAACAAGACCGAUGUACAGAGCGCAGACUUUGCCAAGGAAUGGAUGACUGACUUUGAAAGUUUCCAGCUGGCUAUGCAAGCGGAUCAAGAACUUAAUGGGGAAGAUGGUACUUCAUCUGGUUACAUGUCUUCCUUGGUCAACUCUAUGAGUCUUAUGUUGGAGGAAUUCUACUCCCAAUUGGAUGUAGUGGGUGUCAGCUCCUACACAGGUAACGGAUUCGACGAAUUCUUAAGUGCAGUUGACAACAAAGUUGACGAGUAUAACGAAUUCUAUAAGGCAGAGAGAGAAAGGAUAUUGAAGCAGAAAGAGGAAGAUGAAAAGAAGAGAAAGUCACAGUCAUUGAAUAAGUUGAUGAAGGACCUUGAUAUAGAGAAGCAAAAGAGCGGAGCCACCAAGGGUGCUGAUUCUGAAGUCUUGUCCGACUAUGAAGAUGAGAACGAUGAUUCCCAUGGAGAGGUAUUGCGAGAUGAAGACGAACCUGAAAGAGAAUAUACUUUCCCAGGAGACAGAUCGAGUGAGUUGGAUCCCAAAGCCGAUGCUGACUUACAGGCUCGUUAUCAGGAGGCGUUCAAUUCUACUGCCAAGUCUGCUUCGUCCAAAACAGCUGAAGCCAUUGCCGAGUACAUCAGAAAGUAG